AUGUCAGUAUCACAUGCCAAUAUCAGAAGAUCUCUCGUGAAACCACACUCACGAUUUCUGUUAUCUGCAAAGAUAGCUUUCUUACCUGUGCGAGGCACGAGACGUGCCAACUACUUAUCCAUUUCUACACCUGACACGUAUUGUGACGCCAAUUCUAUGCCGCGCACUCAACCAUUCGUUCCACUUCGUGCCCCAUCUUCGGAUGAAUACGUCACAUCUGUAGCUCUUGCAAAAGUUGGUCGAUCUUCGCGCUGCCCGGUUUUGUUUUCACGUGUGGAGAUGAAUUCUGUGGCGUUGUCAAAGCUUGGAGCUGUCUUCUCUGGUGUGCGGAUUCUGUUGCUGCUCAUUGCUUGGAGAGUUGAAGGACGAGAGCCGAGUCCUCCGCAGAUUCUCGCUUCCAUUGAAGACAGCCAUCCCAUGCCCACAACAUCUGCACCGAAUAAUGCAGAACGACUUGGAGCGCAGCCUACCCUGCUCGACCUGCAGCCUAUUCCUGAUAAGAGUUCGAUCGAGAUAUCAGACACAGGGACUCCUGGUACUUACAGAGUCACUGCUUCUAAUGAUCUAAUCUCGAGCUCAGACAUGACCUGGCCUUGCGCAUGUAGACUGUCGGCCGUUCACUUGUACUCCUCUCCCGCUUGUAUCCCAUUAUUUCAACCGUCCAUCGCUUCCAAGAUCUCAUGCAUGGCACGAGACUCAAGAAACUACCCCAUGAGCUUCGAACGGCUCCGAGAAUGGAAGGAUGAGGUGAGAAGCCAUUACUUCACAAGUCCGUCACUUCCCACAUCUCACAACAACUACAGAGACAGAAGGAACGAUGCAAUUGUGUCGUCUCAUGCUCAUUCAUUCGUGGUCUUCACCUCACCUCUGGUAUCAACUCCAAAAAUCAAAAACUCCCAAAACUCCAAAACAAAAUCCCGACAGCGCCGCGCUAAUGAUAUUUAGGAGCGUUUCCGCUCAAUGGUUCCCAAAAAUCACUUCGUCAAUUGACGGAAAUGGCAGGGGCGGUGAACACUAUUCCACCGCCACCUGCCGUCGAUGCUGCUUUAAAGAUGAUCGGCGGGAAGGUAUGUCCGCCGCGAAUGCCUUGCUGUACGGUCGUCGCUGCUGCAGCUCUGGGGCGGUGACCUCCUCCUCGACCACAGGCGGAGUCUUCUCGAAUAGCAGCUUUCUUCGAGAGCUAAGCGUUCCCACGCGACUGCCCUCAAAACUAGAAUCGUUGCUUCUCUUGGCAGCUAGACACUCGCGAAGUGACGGACUACGACGCUGGGCGCCUGGAGAUCUGUCCUCGCUGAGGAGGCGCGACUUUGCCCGGAGACUACCAAGAUCGGUCAUUGCUCUGGAUGGGGCUCGGAAAGAGCGACUCUCCUCGGCGCUCGAAUAGUCUGGAUUCUGCCGGCUGCGCAAUGUGUCUUGAGGGACAGCGCUUAGGCGGCGAGCUGGUAGUGUAUUUGGGUGCGUUGG